AUGGUGGACUGGCUCGAUGAUGCGGAAAUGGACUUGUUGGUGGAACCCUAUGCGGUGAUGAUGCCGAAUCUUAUGCACUCCGCGGCUCAGGCUGAGGACAAAUGCGUCUACUUCGAUGCGAAGUACACGCACAGCCGUCCGAGUAAGGAUGUGCCGCAGCAAGUGGGGGCUGGAGAUUGUGGCGUGUUUGUCCUCAAGUCAUCGAGUGCCUGGCAGUCGGAUAUGCCGCAUUUCCGAAGACGUUGUGUCAGAAAAACAUCACCAUGUUUAGGGAGCAGAUUGCGUCUGAUAUGUACCAUGAGAUCAACUGCCGUGGACCGGUCGAGGACCCAGAUGAUUGGGACAAUGUCGAUUUGUAUGACGAGAGAUUAUGAAAGGUGUAGGUGUAAUCUUAAUGCUCUUUAA